AAAAAUUUCUUUUUAAUUUUUUUAAUUUUAAUUUUAUUUAUUUUUAUUUAUUUUUGUUUGUUUAUUUAAUUUUAAACCAAGGGUAUUAUGGAUAUUUUACCCUUUAAUGAAUGUCAUUUUUGUGACUUUCUCCUUCUAGUGCUAUUUAUGAGACAUAAACUUCAAAAGGUGCUAUUAUUGACAAUUGCCCUUUAAUUAAUAGUAUAAGUAAUAGAUAAAAAGCCUUACUUGUUAAAACUGAUAAUGUUUUUAAUUGGUAUUAAAUGGCUUAUUAAUUCUGGGUUUGUUUGGCUUUGAACGUUGUUUUUAAAUAACAACUCUGACCAAUUCUCAUUUGCCUACUAUUCCCAAUUGAUUUGCCGUAUAUUUUGGAAUGAUUUAAAAUAUUUGUGCAAUUUAUUCUAGAUUUUGCAUUUAUUGAAAUUAGUUGUCGGAGAAUUUAUUAAUUCUAUAGAAUUAAUCUAAUUUGUUACUACAAUUUAUUCACAUUAUUGGGCAUCUAAAGUUGGAUAACAUACUAAUAUAACUAUGUGUCUUUUGAACAUGUUUAAUAUUGAGUAUGAUUAUCAUAAAAUUAGUAAUCUGAAUCUAGUAUAUGUAUAUAAGAAUCAAUUUAGAUGUUUUGAUUCGCGUUAAAGAUUUUGACUAAUAAAGAUAACAUGAUAAAAAAUAUGUUGAGUCGACAUCCCAUCUUGGGAAUGAUCUUCCAUAUAUGAUCAUGUGAUAUAUAUACUGGAAUUAUAAUUCUUAUUUGAAUGUCCACACUUUAUUUAUACUGGUUGUGAUAGAGGUAAAAAUUGUUAGAAUCUAGUGAGUCGACACACUAAAUUCAGUUUGGUAGUGGUGUGUCAUAUGAUUGUAUCAGGUUCCGAUAGUUAUCAGAUUUUUAAUUUAAUGUCUAAUGCUACAAGCAUAACUCUUAUAUAUUGUGUUGUUACCUUGAAAUAAUAUUUUCUAUUAUAAAAUUUUAAAAUUAAGAUAUUCAACAAUUUUUAAUCAAAUAGAAACAUUUGCAUAAAAUAUUUUCUAUAAUAUUUUAAAUAUUUGAUUGCUUUAAUGAAAACUUAAUCAAUUUAUUAACCUCAGUCUCUUAACUGAGGUUAUUAGCUUCGGUUAAGAGAUUGUUCUUAGUUUUUUUUAGAUUUUAACUAAGAAAAACUAAGGACUGUUUUUUAAAUAAGAGAUAUAAGAGUAUCCAUAACUGUGUACCCCCAUUAAAAUUUUUAGAAAAAGUGUUUUUCUAUUUUUUAAACUAUUUUUUCAGAUGUUUUUCAAAAAAAAUAUAUAUAUAACCAAUCGCGGGCCAUCACAUGUAAGUGGAAUCCGCAAAUAGUUAAGAAAUUCCACAGAAUUGAUCCUUAGCUAAGAAAUUUAAGGGCACCAACAGAAACCUAAAAAUCGUGGAUCCCAUAUAAUUUUAUAAUAAUUUGUUUUUUAAGAAUUCCAACAAAAAAUAUAAAAAAAACAAAAAUCAAAAAAGUAUCAAAUCAUAAGUUAAUAAUUUUAUUUAAGAGACCGGGGUUAACCAUGUCCUAAAAUUCUUUGAAAUAGACCUUUUUCACACGUAUAGCACAUGGGAGCCGCCGCGUUUAGACUUAAUCGUCUUUCCACGUGGCUACAAGUCUUUGUUUCUUAUAAUUACACACAUUCACGCUACAACUACAAUGUAGUUUCUCCCACCCUCAUACAAUACCAUCACACAGCCAUGAACGGUGGAGACGGUCCUUCUAGCUAUGCUCGCAACUCCUCCUAUCAGAGGGGAGCCAUUGACGCUGCUGAAGCACUCCUUAGGAAGGAGAUCCACAAGCGUCUCGACCUCACCAACCAUACAUUCUCUACAUUCACCAUCGCUGACUUUGGAUGUUCCUCUGGCCCCAACACCCUUCUUGCUGUGGACAUCAUCAUUCAAGCUCUCCUCCACAAGUUCAGCUCCUCUAUGGCUAAUGAUAAAACCCCUGAGUUUCAAGUCUUCUUCAACGACCUCUCGCACACUGAUUUUAAUGCACUCUUUGCUUUGCUCCCUCCUCAGAGUCAACGCCCCUACUUCUUGGCAGGUGUCCCUGGCUCUUUUUAUGGAAACUUGUUUCCCAAGGCAUCUCUCAACUUGGCCUACUCCUCUUGUGCUCUCUGUUGGCUCUCCGACGUGCCACCCGAACUAAGUGAUACAACCUCUCCUGCUUACAACGGAGGCAGGAUUCACUACACGGGAGCAUCAAAAGAGGUUGCACAAGCCUACGCCUGUCAGUACAAAAAGGAUAUCACGUCUUUCCUUGUUGCAAGAUCACGGGAGCUCGCAGAAGACGGGCUGAUGGCAUUGAUUGUGCCCGGUGUACCAGAUGGCUUUCUCUGUUCUCAGGCUUCAACGGGAUCCGAGUUCGAUCUCGUGGGCUCAUGCCUCAUGGACAUGGCUAGAGAGGGACGAAUCAAGGAGGAGGAUGUAGAUAGUUUCAACCUGCCUAUCUAUUACACAACUCCAAAGGAACUGGAAGAGAUCAUCAGAUGCAACGGGGAGCUCAAAAUCGAGAAGAUGGGGACACUGGAUGGUGUGGAGGCACACGACACCAUGCCUGACCUUGAAUCGAGGGUCCUGUACCUCAGAGCGGUCCUGGAACGUCUCAUUCGCACCCACUUUGGCCACCAAAUCCUUGACGAGCUGUUUGACCGCUACUCUCUCAAACUUGCUCAGUCCUCUUUCUUCCUCUAUCCUCGAACCCACAAAUCCAUCAUGAUAUUUACCCUUCUCACUCGCCUUCGUUACAUCUGAUGCAUGUUGUCCAAUUUCAACCAAUAAUAAGGGUUUACUUUGUUUAUGGAUUAGUAAUAAUAAUGUGUUUACACAAAUGAUAUCACAUUGUCUAUAUUUUGAAUAUUCAAAGAAUUUGAGUCAUUAUUAAACAAGACUUCAUGUUCACUCAAGAAACAUGCAAAGGAGAUGGAUAGAUAUUCAUGAAGUACUCACAGAAAACAAAAAAAA